AUGGGUUCUUCGCACAGCUCGCCUAGCUCGCGCACUCCCGCUUCUCCCUCCCGCUCCCGUUACAUCGCACCCACCAUCUCCCCUUUCGCUCUCAACCCUCCUCGCCCCGCCCGACUACCCGUCGAGCUCCUCAUCACCAUCAUCCACCUCGUUGCCGCAGAACGCGUCGACAGUCUUGCGGGAGAUCUCGCGCGGUUCUGCCUCGUUUGCCGGGCGUUUAGGGCGGAGGCUCAGCCACUGCUUGAGGAGAUCUUCACGCUUGUGCUUGAGGUGGAGCCUAUCUCGCUCCCAUCAGAGCGCGCCCAUAGGAUAUGUACGGAUGGCUACGAUCGGCCUGACGGAUUCAACUGUGUCGGCUUCUCGCAGGAGGCCCUGGCACACCUUGAACGGUUACGAUGGCUUUACUACUACAGGGUUCCGGGACCACGGGUACGACGACUCGUCAUACAGGCGGUUGGUGAGUCGCGGACCGAGUCCCCCAAUCUCUGCUGGGACGAUGCGCACGCGUUUCCGCGCGCUAUGCGCAAUAUCCAGUAUCCGCUGCAUGUCGAUAUGCGCGGCCUGUUCAGAGUCACGCGUUAUCUGUUUGACUGGCAAUUGGAGGGUCGUCCAGUCAGCCUCACUCUGAGUGAUUUGCCGGAGACCGCCCCUCAUUGGUCAAUAGCCAGUGCGGCUGAGUAUCCCCACGUCUACUCUAUUACGCUACUCUCUCGACCUCAUCAAGGUUACGGCACGAAUCUCCGCCCCUUCGCAAACGUUGCCCUCCUCACCCUCGAUUACGAUUGCGACAUCUACUUCUUCGACACUCUCCAGUGCUUGAAGAAUCUCGAGCGUUUGACCUUCACCCUGCGCCAUGAUAGCACGAGCCGGAACGAGCUUGGGACGGCCCACUACCCUCGUCCACGACAUCUCAAUGUGGGAAAGCGGCGUAUUCGGAUCAUGCUCAAGUGCGCGGCAACACUUCCUCGUCCAGCGCAAGUCAUACUGGUUCUCGACCUCGCGUGCCUCGAGCCGGUCGUGCUCAGGCGCGCAGACAAGGCCUUUUGGCGCGACGUGCUGGAGGACAUGUAUCUUGCAGGCGAGUGGCCGAGGAUGGUGCCAAAGACGGUCAGGGAGGUGGAUAUCUUGGCGCUGCUGUAG